AUGGUGCGUUGCGCGGGGGAGGGGGGCGAACAUGUUUCCCUCUCGCAUGCAUACACACACACGCCUCUCGGUACAUCUAUAGCUGUCCGACAGGUGCGCAGCCCUCGCCCGUGGCGCUCCCCCUCUCCCCUAUUUUCACGCGUCUCUCCCCUCCCCCAUCCCCUCCUCUGCCGUUUUGCGACCACUGCUGCUCUUCUGCUCUUGCCACGCGCUUCGCGAGCGACCUUCACGCGGACGCAACAGGCACGCAUUGCUCGACUGCUUCACACGCACACACACCACGCGACAGCUGACACGUUACGCGCGUCCCGCAUCCGCCGAACCCGUCGGCUCUCUCUCGCGCACCGGCCCCCUCCCCCACCCUCACUCGAAUUCGUCACUUCUUUGGCCGUCUCUUGUUCUGAACUCUCUCGUCAUCGCACCCCUCCUCCGCCGUCCGUCGAGCCAUCCCCAGCGGUACAUAUUUGGGGCCUCUUUCGCCUUGGGCCCCCGCCUUCCUCGAUCUUUCUCCGCUUGCCGCUCGCCCCACGCGAAUCCCUUUCUACCCACGCACCACAAGACACCAUUUUACCUGUCCCACAGCCUCAGAUGUCCCACCGCCCCAGUAUGCGGGGCGAUGGCGCACAGCGGCCAUGCAGCCCUGCCCAGUCCACCACCAAGGAUGCACACCGCGCUCACAACGGAGCAGUGCCGCCGUCGCACGCGCAGCCGCGCCGCACCGGAUGUCUUGGUGUGCUCCAGGGCAUCCGCGACGCCGUCAUCAAAGCGGUGUACGUGAUCGUGCCGCCCGGCGGCAUUCUCUCCGGCGCCUUCAACAUGGCGAGCUCCUCCAUCGGCGCCGGCAUCCUUGGCCUGCCCGCGGCGACCGACUCUGCAGGCAUCAUCCCCGCCAUGAUCUUCCUCGUCGUCAUCACGUACUUCUCCGUGUUCUCCAUGUACAUCCUGGCACUCGCAUCGGAGAAUACGCGCAUCAAGACCUUCGAGGGCUUGGCGCGGUGGCUCUUCCCAGCGAGAAGAUAUGCCUUCUCAUACUGGGCCGCGUUCAUCCGGCUUUUCCACGGCUUCUCCGGCUGCGUCGCCUACGUCAUCAGCGUGGGCAACUGCCUUGGUCCCAUCUUCACCGGCGCCGCAGAGCAGCACCCCGACAACAAAGCCAUCCAGUUCUUCGCCACCACGCAGGGCAACCGCGUGCUCACCGUCAUCGUUUGGCUCUUCGUGAUGCUGCCGCUGGUUAUUCCGAAGCACAUCGACUCACUGCGCUACGCCUCCGCCAUCGCGGUGACAUUUAUGGUGUACUUCGUCUUCGUGGUUGUCGCACACAGCUGCCGCAACGGACUGGCGGAAAUGUCGAAGCACGUGAAGCUGUCCGGCAACCAGGUGGACGAUGACAAGCUGGAGCACAACACGGUCUUUCUUUUUCGCACCGGCAACUCCGUAAUCCACUCCGUCGGCAUCUUUGUUUUCGCGUACGUGUGCCAAAUCAACGCGCAGGAGGUUCUGUGGGAUUUGAGGCCCGAGAUUCGCACGUCGAAGACCUUCACGGUGUCGGCGUUCAUUGGAAUGAUGCUGUGCACCACGCUGUACAUGCUGGCGUCCGUGUUCGGCUACUUCGACUUUGGCAGCAAGAAGCUGCUGGGCAAGUCGCUGCUGCUCAUGUUCAACCCGCUCGAGGAGGCCAACAUCAUGAUCGCCUACGUUGCCGUCAUGAUCAAGGUAUGCGUCUCCUACGCGCUACUCAGCAUUGCAGCGCGCAACUCCCUGUACUACCUGAUCGGCUUCCAGCACCGCUACCGCAACCGCACCGAGGCUGCAGUCGCGGAGGAGCUCGGCUUCGUCGCUGGCGACGCCGCCGUCCAGCAGGGGGCAAAUCCGACCGCGGCGGCGGCCGACAGUGACGUUGUCCAGUCCGGCAAGCUGGACGGGGUGGACAGCGACCACGGCCCGGAGGGGACAACGAAGGUCCACAGUCCCUCCCAACCCGUCGAUGAGGGCUACGAAGAGGGUGAGGACGUGGAGGAGACCGCCGAGGACACGACGUACGUGGACAACAUCCCGUUCUGGCAGCACCUGCUCGUCGUGCUUGCGCUCUCCGGCGCGUCGCUGCUGUGUGGCCUGUUCAUCCCGAACAUCAACACCGUCUUCGGCUUCGCCGGCGCGAUCAGCGGCGGCUUCAUCGCCUUUGUCUUCCCCGCGCUCUUCGUCAUGUACUCGGGCAACUUCACGGUGGCGCAGGUGGGAUGGUUCACGUACCUGAACACGUACCUGCUGCUGAUCUGCGGUGUUGUGGGCAUUGUCUUCGGCACCGGCGGCACCAUCUACGAAACUGUUUGA